AUGGUCGUCUUGGUAACCAGAUCCCUUCUCCCAGCCCUGUUGUUCGCUUCUAGAGCUCCACUCGUUCGAUCUCAGAGAGGACUCGCAACGAUGGCAGCCGAGGCAUUCACUAAGCACGAAGUCAUUCCGGACGUCCUGGCGGCCAAUCCACCAGCCAAGCUUGUUUCGGUCAAAUUCAAUUCGGGAGUUGAGGUGAGUGAGAUGCCAAAAUUCAUGCGUAUCUUGUCAAUUUUUCAGGCCAACCUCGGCAAUGUGCUCACUCCAACCCAAGUGAAGGACGUGCCAGAAGUGAAGUGGGACGCUGAGCCAGGAGCACUCUACACCCUCAUUAAGACCGAUCCAGACGCACCAUCCCGCCAGGAGCCAACCUAUCGAGAGUGGCACCACUGGCUCAUCGUCAACAUCCCUGGAAACGACAUUGCCAAAGGAGACACUCUCUCGGAGUACAUCGGAGCGGGACCACCACCAAAGACCGGUCUUCACCGUUACGUCUACCUCAUCUACAAACAGGCGGGACGCAUCGAGGAUAAGGAGCACGGUAAGCUCACCAACACUUCUGGAGACAAGAGAGGCGGAUGGAAGGCGGCGGCGUUCGUCGAGAAGCAUGGGCUGGGGGCUCCAGUGGCUGGAAACCUCUUCCAAGCCGAAUACGACGACUACGUUCCAAUUCUCUACAAGCAACUCGGAGCCUAA